UGUAUUUAGAAGUUAGUUUAAAAAUAAACGCUGCAAACAAUCACAGGAAAACGUCUUAAUAACUUUUAUAAUUACCUAAUACUGUACCUAUUUUUCUAAGUGUAGGUAUUAAUAAAAAAAUGCGUUUUAGAAGAAUUAUGCUUGCAUUUCAGUUACAAAAUUUAAUUCCAUCCAAUAAAUAUUUGUUCCAGUUCCAGUUGUUUUUGCCCGCUGGUAUAAUGAUGGCAAACAGUUUGUUUGGUGGUGCUGCUCAACUAAGGCCCUCAGCAAGAAAAGUGCAGCAUUUUUUGUUGCAAGUAUUCGCGAUUCUUUGCGGCAUCGGUGGUUCCGCACUCGUGUUUCUGUUUGGAUCAGCAGAAAAAAAACUUACAAUACAUUCAAUUACAGGUGCAGCAGGCGUUUUAUUGAUGGCUCUCACCAGUCUGAUUGGUCCAACGGUGUUCGUCACUGAUGACACCAAGUCGUUUGGGAAAUUCAAUAGGAAUGCACAUCUUGUUUUCGGCGUACCAGCGUUCUUGGUAUCGACAGCCUCGUUCAUGCUCGGAUUGAUGAAACCUAGUUUUGUUGAAUGGUCAAAGACCUUAGCAGUGAAAAAUUUCAAUUACAUUUUAAUGGCAUUAACAGGCAUCUACUCACUAUUGAUGUUGAACGCUAUGCAGUUGAGGUUAAGUUUGAGUGAACAAUGAAAACCAAUUAUA